AUGACAGAUCAUCGGAAACCACAUGUCCACCCUACUGGUGAUUCAAGCAGUGCACCGCGAUCCGAUCGAAGGCGUGAGGAUUCGGGGUCUGCACCAUCAGAAGAAAAGACAUACAAGCAGAGGCUUGCAGAAUUCAUUGGCCCCAAGGGUUUGAAGAUGCGAGAAGUAGCAAAGCAAGGAGGUACCGAUUACAUAGUUUACACGGAUGUUAAGGAUCAAGAUUUCAAAGAAGUUUUUGCUUGGGUGUAUGCCGAUAACGACCCUGAAGAGCAAGAAGCAGCAUUUAGGGAGGCUCUCGCAGUUUUACACACUACACAUCAAGAUGUUAAAAAGCCAUUAGAAACAGCAGGGAAAUAUUCGGAUCAGGUUGCAGAGCUGAGAUAUUUCGCAAGAAAACAUGGAUUCAAUAUCGCCUGGCACCUCAGAGAGAAACAUGGGAUAUUCGAACAUCGAUUUGGGGUCAUAAAAGAGGCAACGAAAGAGACGAAAGAGGAAAGAAAAGUGACUGCCUUUUUCAAAAGCGAAUCCGAAGCAACAGAUGCUGCGAUAAAACUUGUUGAAUCGGGAUGUGCAGCAGCGGGACACGAAGUCACGUUUGUAUCGAGCUCACACGCGGCUGCGAAGGAAAUUGCAGCGAAGGCAAAGAAAGAUGUCGCUGAGGGCAAGAUACAGGUGGUCAAACGGAAAAAGGCCGAUGACAACCCCACACAGGACACGAAACGCAGGAGGAACGGAGGGGGUAAUGGAGACAGAAAGUAA